GGACAAUAAUGCCGCCGCCGAUCAACCGGCGGCGAUGCUAACCCUAACCCUAACCCUGUCCAGCACAAAACUCCCGGCCGACAUCGUGAUCGAAAUCUUCAAGAAGCUUCCCGCGGCCUUGGCCCUUGCCCGGCUCCGCUGCGUAUGCAAAUCAUGGCGCGCUCUUCUCUCCGACCGGGCUUUUCUCCGCCAGAUCCUCGUCAUGGACAGCGAUCGCGAUGGAAGCCGUCAGAUCAUGAUCUUCCGCCUGACCGACGAUCAAAAGCCGCUCUUCUCUCCCUGCUCGUACGACACUCUUCGCCCAUUAUCCGUCGACCCACCGCAACCGGUCCUCCUGAUCUCCACCGCCGGCGAGGACAUGCGGUACAAUAAAUGUCACGUUGUGGGGUACGACAACGGCAUCUUUUGUUUGGGGGACGGGAUAGACGAGCCCGGCGGUACCCAUCUACACAACCCGGCGACCUCGGAGACCAAAGCAUUACCGCCGUCGCCAUUUACCUCGACGGAAUAUUGCGGCCGCUCUUGGGGCCACUUGUUCGGUUUCGACCGGAAAGCGAACGACUACAAGUUCAUCAGGCUGAGAAAGGUCUUCUUCAACCACGAGUGGAAACGGGUUGAGAACGGCCAGAAGGACCGUGGCGUCAGUUUCGCCGAAGUGUACAGCUUGAGGAACGAUUCUUGGAGCAAGGUGGAGACCGACGUCAACCUCUACCGGUUCUUGUACACAGCCAACUCGGUCCUCGAAAGCCACGACGGGAAGUGCUACCGUUGGGAUCGAGAAUAUUGCAACGAAGAGAGGAUGAUGACGAGAGUCCUCUCUUUCGACUUAGCGAAGGAAGUGUUCGAGAUGGUCGAGGUUUUGGAUCCUUUGCCGGAGAAGUGUGUUGGGGAUUUGCGGAAGUAAUGGUAAUUUAGAAUCAACACAAAGGAAAUAAUUGGUGUUUAAUCACUCAAUUUAGGAAGCACUCACAUAAGCCUUAUACUUUGGCUAUAAUUGUGAACUCUCAAAUUGUAGAGAACACGACAACUCUUUGUUGCCACUCUCUUUUUCCAAUUCCCUGACAACUUCCAUCCCAUACAACAUAUAUAUAAUUGGAAAUGG